AUGGGCGUGAAAGGUAAGUUAAUUGCUUCCGUGGAGGUGAAGCGUAGCGGACACUCGUUUUAUGAUAUUUUUCAUACCAAUACUCAUCAUGUACCCAAAAUAAGUCCUAGAAAUAUCGACCAUUUUGAAAUUCAUGAAGGUGAAACUAUGAAGGCUGGUUCAAUUGUUAGUUGGAAAUAUAAUGAAGCUGGACAGAAAAUAUACAUGAAGCACUUAGUUGAAGACGUCGAUCCUCACAAGAAAUCAAUCACAUGGAAACUGAUUGAAGGAGAUUUAUUAGAGUUGUAUAAUUACUUUAAUGUUAUAAAAUCUUGUGACUAUCAAUGGACUACUUGGACAAUUGAAUAUGAAAAAAAAACUGAAGACACACCAGAAUCCCUCAUUCACUUGGGUUUUAUCCUUGACCUGACCAAGGAUGUAGAGGCUCACCUUCUCGAAAAGUAG